AUGGCACAUUACCACGGCCUCUCGGCGUCGCGCUGGGCGGAUCCUCCUAACAACGACCAGUCGAACUCGCUCCUCAGCUCUACCACUCCAAACUUCCAACUCGACGGAGCCGAGAUGGAGAUGAAGCGAUACCAGACUACUCCACGAAUAACGGGCUUGCAAGAGGUGCAGAGGUAUAUCGUCGGCAUGGACGUCUCACAUACGAGCGAUAUGGUCCACAUGCAUCGUCUCACCAACCAGAACACCCAGGACAUCCAAGAGAUUCGGAUGGUGUUCAAGAACGACAUGACUACUCUGGAGCGGAAAAUCAGAGAGCUCGAGCUGAGCAAGUCGAGGGACAGCUCUCCUGCGCCAGAGUACACGAUGAGGAACUUCGACUACUCUCCGACUGAGGAUAUGCUGAACAACUUCAGCACUGACGAGCUUGUGAAGGCGUACAGGCUGGAGGCAGAUGAGAGGGAGGAGGUGGCUUUGCGACUCCGUCAGCAAGCAGCAGCUCUGGGCGGUGAAGUCUACUCCGUGCCUCAGAGAAAGCUGUUUGAGGAGAAUCCGGGCACAUCGACGGAGCCAGUGUCAACGCCUGCCGCGUUCGCUUGCUGCGAUCAAGCCUACGACUCCAUCGAAGAGCUGGUCGACCACGUCCAGAAGACACACUGUAGCUCCCUCCAAACCCAAGCCUCGACGAGUGCAGAGCCUCGGGAUACUUUGGCAAACACCCCUACUCAUCGUCCAGCUCGUACUGUGCAGAUCAAGGCCCCCGAGGAACCCUUGCCAGUGACUCCAGCUAGCAAGGUGGAUUCAGUCCUCGAAGGUUCGACCUCGAACAAGGUCAAUGAAGCACCACCAAACCCCGCUUCAGCGCCAAAAUGGUCUCCAGUCACAGUCCGGAACAUGUUACCCAUCACUUUCGACAUACCAGAUCACAAGGAGACCUUCACCUUCCAAUUCCUCCACGAUAACCUUGGCGGUUCUUUCUGGUCAUCGGGAUUUUACUUCGAGAGCGGGGACUCCAUACUCCCUAGCAAGGCCUACUGGAUUCUCGACCACGACCGCGAGCCAUUCAUCCCACAGUCACUAGGUCAGCAUGGUGCAAAGCUUACGGCGUUCUUCAAUGAGACGCCAACCGAACACGCGCCAAUGCCAGACAACUACAUGAACUGUCCGGUCUUCAUCAAGGAGGAUGGAGCGAAUCAGUAUCGAUAUUACGGCAACUACAGCCAGACGCGAUACUCCGACAAGGUUGGCUACGACUCGCUGAUCGACCACAUUCCAGAGCGCACUCUACGUCAAUGGGCAGACCACCUCAGUGAGACAGGUCGUCCAGAGUGGGUCACUCGUGCGUUGCAGAAGCACUUCUGGCCUCAGCCUGAAUACGAAGGACCCUUCCCAACCGACUCCGCCAUCAACACCCCAGCAACAGCAGCCACAGGCGGAGACAGCGGUGCUGGCGGCACUGAGCGUCGUGUCACAAACGCCCUCCACGAAUACGCCAAGGAGUCGAAAGACUGGCAGAAGGAAUCACGCAUGCACACCAGCAUGCUCACCUCGGAUGCCAUCUUCAACGCCUUCAAGAACCCAGACUCGGACGUCGAGCCCGGUCUUCGUCUCUGGUGGGAGUACCUCGAGUGCACCAACUACGACACGGGCUUCUAUGACAUGCUCGUCAAGAUCAAGAAGAACCCCAUGAAGCUGGCCAAGCGAAAUGGUAUCAAGAGGACUGUGGCCCGACCAGCUCCCCCUUCAACCUACACCAAUCCCAACCCAACUCCAACCGUGGACGACAUCGAAACCCUCCCCACCCUCGACGACACGAUCCCCCACGAUGACGCCCCCAUCGAGCUCGACCCCGUCCACCCACCACCCCCAAACCCCAAGCAACUCCAACGUGAGCAAUGGGCCAGUUUCAACCUCACCGAGGCCGAAGCACAGGCCAAGAAGUCCACGACGUUCGUCAAGCCCAGCUUCAAUAACCCGCAGCUGAAAAGCGCGAAUGCGCAUCUGAGGAAGGCGGACAUGGAGGCGAAGAAGUCGGCGGCGGUGGCGUUUAGGAAGGAUAAGAGUCAUACGCAUGGGGUGAGGCCGUGGGAGACGAAGGGGAAGGAGAGUGCUGCGGAGACUGCUUCGGGUUGGGGUGGUCAGGCUGCGUCGAAUCCUUGGGGGCCGGAGCCGAAGGAGAGCGGUGGGUUGGCGCCGAAUCCAUCGGAGAUCAAGGACAAGGAGGCCAGUGGUGGAGCUCCGGCAGGAUGGGAUGGCGUGGGCGAUAUGAAGGCUGCGAAGGAGUUCAACAACGAGGUCCAAGAUGGGCGGUCGUUGCGAGUCGGCAAGGGGAAGAACGGUGUUCCUCCCCAUGCGAGAGCCAAGUGA